ACUGGCCAUGCAUGACACACACAUACGCUCAGUCUCAGUCCUGGCCUGUAGAGUUCAGUCUGUCUCUGAGCCAACACACUCCGGAUACUGCUCAUCGGUCCAGAUCUCGAUGUCGAGGGCACACCUGAAGAACCCCACCCAUAUCGGCUCGCCACAGCCAAAUCCGUCAUGAUCUGCACACACAAGGCACACACACAUGCAGGCAGACAGACAAAGGUCCUCAGUGACAGACGCUGGCCGCAAUGUGAGAUCGGGUUAAGUGGUCGCCGCUCACCCUUCUUGACCUCUGCCAGCAAAGCGAUGCAGAACUGGCCGAAUGUGCGACCAUCUGUGCAGUGGCGCUUGUGGAUUUGAUCGAGCAGUCGGGCUUUGUCUUAAACUGGGCGAGAACCGCGCCUGGCACGGAUCUCGCCAAGCAGCUCAAUCUUCUUCUCCAUUGUCCAGCCCUUAUUUGCGUGCAUCUUAUCGACACUAUACCCUGACACACACACACACACACACAGCCAGACAGCCAGACAGCCAGACAGCCAGACAGCCAGACAUCCAAACAGGUGACGCAUGAUAUGGCCCUAAGGCUUCCUUUCCUUUGGCUGACUGACCUCAGUUCCAGAGCGCCAUGUCUAUGAACAGUGUGAAGACACUGUCGAAGUUGGCGCGCCCACGGUCCCGCAGAUUCCCCCAAUACUCGGCUUCCAGCACUCUGUCCUUCUCGAACACGUAUUCAUCGGCCAACCGCUGCGAGAAGGCCGAAUCGUGAACAAGAUCCCGAAUCGCUGCGCGCCGUGCCACCAUGGCCGCGUGUCGGAGGUGCGAGGUAGCUGCAUGCGGGUGGAGCACGAAGCAGGCCAACGCACGGAUCAGCAAAGCGAUGCAGAGGGGGAACAGCAUAGGUUUCUCCACUGGCGGCCUACACGCUGCCAUCUCUGCAUUGCUUGGGAGACCCAGAUCCACGUGAGUUGGUUCGUCGAGAGAUGAUUCAAGAGAUGGCUGGCUAUGGAUCCAUCGAACUGCAGACACACACCGGGCACAGUGCACACAAUGAGGGAGGCUGGGGAGGCUCUGAUCGCUCUCUUCCGCAGCGGCGGUUUCAGCGAGCACCCUAGGCGGCCUGGCGGCCAAGUCCCCUGUCAGUCUGUCCAACAUGAAAACACGCACCCUAACAUGCAACCCGGACACGCAACACGCAGCACGCAGAGGGCAGAUGCAGCAAACAGGAGGAUAUGCA